UGACUCAGUUCAACAGUCUCCAGUCUACCAACUGGUCUCUAUAAUAACUAUUUAAAUCAGUCUGUCCUGACUCAGCUCAACAGUCUCCAGUCUACCAACUGGUCUCUGUAAUAACUAUUUAAAUCAGUCUGUCUGACUCAGCUCAACAGUCUCCAGUCUAUCAACUGGUCUCUGUAACUUCAUCUUUGUCUCUGUGGUGUACAGUCUUCAGGUGAUGAUGGGGGUAUUGAAUCAUCUCUCCACUCUCCUCCUCCUCUCUCUCCUUCCUCCUGCUCUCUCUCAUGUAGUGGAGAACUUCAGUGUUGUUCCACAGUGCAAGACGUUCUUCCUGGAGGGGACAACUCCAAAUCUCCCAGGUAUUUUGGUUGGUGGGACUGUCCAGAACCAGAGCCGCUACAAGCCGAUCUGCCAGAAGUACAACAACAUGUACAGGUUUGCAACUCUGUACGACACGACCAACAAGAUCCCUGUGUUCUCAGCCUACACCUUCACUGGUAAGGUAGUUGGUAGACCAAAAAGUCCUGGACUUGAAAGUAUAGAUGUAGAAGAGAUGAAAACCCAACAUGGGGCGAAGUUGAUUAAUAAUAGUAGAGAUAUAAGAGUCAUCCAUCAGGCUGUGGACGCAGACUACAAUGCAACAGUAACGAACAUGAUUUUGGAGAGGGGUCACCUUUUCCCAUGUUCGCACACACCUGAUGAUGAUACCAUGGCUUCCACUUUCACCCUGACAAACGUUGUUCCCCAGGAACGUGGCUUCAACCGAGGCAGAUGGUGUAGAGUAGAGCAGAAUGUCAAAAAAACUCUUCUGGAGAAGUGCAAGGACAACAAGACAAAAGCCUAUGUGGUGACUGGAGCUGUGCCCAGCAACAACAACACACUGAACAACCGAGUGAACAUCCCAGCUCUCCUGUGGACAGCCUUCUGCUGUUACAACAACAACACGAGUAACUGGACGGUCGGAGCAUACUGGGGGAGAACAAAAACGACACUGGGAAAACAUUGAACUUGGAAACCUUGGGAGAUCUCGAAGCCAAGUUGAUGCAAAGCUACAAUGGUAAUGUCAAGGUGUUUCACGAUAAUUGUCCAAGAAACAUUACAGUACAACAGGUUAAUACCAGGGAAGAGAUGGAUUGUUAUGUCAAGAGUGAAUGUGAUGAAAAGUGAUGUGUUUUGAGAGGGGAGCAGAGAGGGGAGCGGAGAGGG